AUGCACCGCGUCUACUACAUGCUCAGCACCGGCAAAAAAUCGUUGAUGAUUGGGAUGAUUGAGCUUUAUGCAUUUGUCACGGCCCUCGAGAAGGACUGGGUUCAAGUUCGGCGUGGGAUUCCAAUUUCUUAUGGCUCACUCCCGCCAAAGCAAGUGAACGUCUCCCACUCGAUUGGAUGGAAUAAAGCGACCAAGAGACAGAAAGCAGCCUGGAACGACGGUCGGGCCCCAGACACAACAGAACAGCUCCUCGCCAACGCCAAGAACCUGCCAAAACGGGCAAAAUUAGGCAGACCCAAGAAUUCGCCAAACAUCAACAGGGACCCUCAGUCCACAUAUGUCUCCUACGUUGCUUCAAAGGACAGGCUGGCACGCAACCAAUGUUGGUUGGCGGCUGCAUUGGAGUCUCUUUACGCCGUUUACAGCCCUCUCUGGCUACAAGAACCCGGUGGAAAACAGACGGAUUUGUUCUUCCUACUUGUCUCUCACUUCACUACCCGAACAACUUACGAGAUGAAGGAGGGUGCGCAAGUGCGCUCAAUUUUAACUCGGGGGUCCAACAAACUAUUUAUGGAGGCCCAGAAACUAUACCCGGCAAAUUUCAUCUCUGGGGCAUUCGCAUCAUGCGAUCUAUUUUUGGAGAUUGUUUUGGACCCAAAGAGGAACAAGUCGAAGACGCUGCCUAAGCUUUUUCGUGUGCAGGAGGACCGAAUAUUUUCCUGCCCUCUCCACCCUGGGGCACAGGAACAUCCUCGAGGCUCUCGCGACCUAGGUGUCCUCAGUGUGACAAAGUCGAUGUUCGAAUCGAAUAACAUCAACUGUGCCAAUGUUGCAGAGCUGUUCAGUCAGUGGACCACAACAGGCCUUGUUGGCGUUUCCGGACUUCAAUGUCGUCAAUGUAAACAGGAGAAUUCUCAGAUUCAAUUGCCUGCCAUCACCUCAAACUUGCUGCAUGAAAAGUCGAUCAUCUCCGUUAUCAACAGUACACCCCGGCCCCAUUUCAACUUUGCUGGGGAGGAAUACACUGCGGUUUCACGUGGAUUUUGGGGGGAUCUACACUACUGGGGGAAGGUUUUGCGGUACGUCAAUGGUGUAACCGCUGUCUGGAUGCACGACGACAGAGCAAAUGGAGGAUUUGCGCAGUUAGUGGACCGCACGCCGGGCAGCAUUAGUGGUGCACAACCGCACACAAGCUGGAUGAUUUACUCUCGACAGUGGACUCCCAAUGAGAAGGCAUUUAUUGAUACAAGCAUUGCCAACAUCCAGCGCGAUAACCCAGUAGUCAAAGCCGACAAUAUUCCUUUUGUCAAUAUGGGAGCUGUGCUCCAAGAUACAUUUGAUUCAGCUUUACCACAUCUUACACAAGGACAAGCGGCCGAUCCAAAUCCUACCAUGACAAUCACUCAGUUAAAUGGUGAAAGCGGGCCUCAGGAUGGGAACAAUAGAGAGAAACCAGUCAAUUCAACUGGCGAGGGCUUGAAGAUUUGCAUUCGAAGGAUCGAUAAGAAGGCAGCUUCAAAUCCAUUGAAUUCCGUAUCGACCUCAGCCCCAUCUGUUUCUUCCAAAGAGUUGAUGUCUGCCGCGCCACCCGGGUCAACUAAUCUGCCGACAGAGUCUCUUCCCUCUCUUCGUUUGGGCAGCGAGCUUCCUUUUUUGGAUGUUAAGUCCAAGAAAACAACAGGGAAGUGUGGUCGGCCAAAGGCCAGGAAACUUGCAAGCAAGACAUUCAUCCCAAAGCCUUUGACUGAUGCCGACUGGGCUUGUAUAUCAAACACCUAUUGGAAUAACCGCCGGUUGGAGAAGGAGGAGUUAGCUUCAAAUUCCAAACCUGUGGCGGUGAUUGGAUUGAGCACAAUUCAAGGGGAUUCACAAGCCCCAGAAAUACCUCAACUUCACUCUCCUCAUGGUGCACGAACAGGUAGUCAGGCUCUCCGUCGAUCUUCAAGAAAGCGCGGUGCGCGAUGA